CCUAUGUCUAACAACAAUCAUUCUGAUGAUGAAGAAAUGUUUGUAAUAAUAAAUAUUCUAAUAUUAGCUUGUAAGCAAAAUUCAAGCAUAAAAAGUGGAAAUUGAGGCUCUUUAAAAAUAAUUAAGAGUUUAAGAAUUUCAAUUUAAACAACAGAUAUUGGAAGUAUCACAUAUAUUGAUGACAAGCUUACGAAUGAACUAGAGAGAGAGAGAAAAAGAACAAGUGAAUUGGAGAAUGAAAUAACAACCUAAAUUAGUUCAAUAGGGCAAGGGGAAAUUUAAUCAUUUGCUACUUAACUUGAAUUAAAGUUAUCAGAAGCGGAAAAUAAGUUAUUAGAAUAUAAAGCUAAUGAAGUAUAAUAUUUGAAUAAAUUUAUAGUUGAAACUGUAAAAAGAAAUUUAGAGUAUAAAAAGAAAGCCUGAAAAUGAAGAAAUAGAUGAAUUAAAAUAAUAGUUAGUUAAAAUGGAAGAAACAGCAAUUGCUUUAAUAGUUGAAAAAGAAAAAAUUAUUUAGGAUCUUAAAAGUUAACUUGAAUGUUCAACAUAAAUUAUAGAGAUUAAUUAAGAUUAAGUACAUAUAUCCGAGGUAGAAGAUGAAAAGGAUAUUAAAAUUUAAAAUUUAAAAUAAUUAGUAUAGGAAUUAAAUUAGAAAAUAGAAUAAGAUUAGUUGCAUUUUGAUGAAAGAAUAAUGAGAUUAGAACAUGAAAUUACAGAACGAGUAUUAGAUAGUAUAAGUCAUUAAAUAAAUGAAUCAAAAUCAGUAGAGUAAGAUUUGCUCCAUUAAAUAAAUCUUUAUGAAGAAAAGAUAAAAAAUUAAGAUAAGUUAUUAGUAAAUUAAGAGAAGUUAUUAUAAUAAGUGAAAGAUGAGAAAUAUAAGGAAGUUAGUUUUUAUGAAGGUAGACAUGUUGAAAUCUAAAAGAAAUUAUCAUCAGCUUUGUAAUAAGUUUUAAAAAGUGACAGAAAAAGUGAGGAUGCCUUUAAAUAAUAUGCAAAUAUAUAGAGAGAAAAAACUAUAUUAUAAAAAUAAAGAGAUGAAUAAGUUAAAUUAAAUGUAAAAUUAGAAAACAACUUAAGAAAAUAAAUUUAAGAUAUGGAUGAACUUAGAUAAUAUAAUAAUAAUUGUUAAUAAUAAAUAGAUGAUUUGGAAUAAUAAGUUAAUCAUUUAGAAUAAUAAUUAUAAGAAACUAAGUUCUAUUAUGAAGAAUAAUUAUAAAUGUAGAAGAUUCAUAUACCAAGUGAAAGAUAGCCUUCAUAAUAAGAGGAAUAAGGAUAAGGAGGAAAUUUAUUAAGCGAAUUAUUGACAGAAGAAAUAUCUAUUGAAAAACCUCAUAAUACUUAGUAAAGUGAAGAUAGCUUUCAUUAAUAAAUUCCAUAAACACCUUAGUCUAAAAAUGGUUUAGUAUAAAUGUUUGCUUCAUCUAGAAUAUCUAAUCAAAGUAUGAAUACAAAGAGAAGAUAUUAAGAAAUUGAAUAAUUAAAGUUAGAAUUACAUUCAUUUAAAAAUUAAAAUGAGUAUUUAUUGUUAUUAUUAUUAAAAUUAGAUAAUUAGCAGAAGAAAUUGAAAAUUAUGAACAUUUAGUGGGAGUCUUAUAAUAAGAAAUAAAAGCUUAGUUAUUAGAAAUAUAAAAUUUAAGAAAAGGAAAACUUGAUUAUUCUUAAGAAAGAGAUUUAAGAAUAGAUUAAGAAUAAUUAAAAUAAUCACUUCAUAAACUAGAAACACAUUUUAUUACUGCUAAAUUAAGUUGGGCUGAAGAAGUUAAUUUCUUGAAAUCAGAAGUAAAAAGAGCAGAAAAAUAAGCAUAAGAAAGCACAUUGUUAUAUAAUUAAAUAUUAACAGAAAAGGAGUAUUUUUAAGCAAAAUUGAAGAAACUUGAAACUUAAAUUGCUAAAAAAGACAAAAAAACUUCAAAUUCAUAAAAUACACCUUUAAGUCCAAUUAAAGAAGAUGAUUAAACAGUUAAAAAAAAAGGGUUUUUAUCAUAUUUCGGAAAAUGA